UCACCAUAAUCAAACCCGAAUAUUACAUACAACAUAACAACCCGCCAACAUGCCUGUCGCUAUUGUUACCGGUUCUUCAAGGGGUAUUGGAAGGGCAAUUGCUUUGCAGUUGGCUGAUGAUGGAAUGGAUAUUGCAAUCAAUGACAUCGAGCAACAAUCGGCAUAUAUGGAAAGUGUCAAGGCUGAAGUCGAGAAGAAAGGCAGACGAGCGAUUGUUGUUGUUGCGGAUGUAAGCGUUGAGGAGGAUGUGAAGAGAUUGGUUGACACAACAGUGGAACAACUUGGGGAGUUGAACGUCAUGGUUUCAAAUGCUGGAAUUAUCGUAACAAAGCGCCUAUUUGAGGUCUCCGUGGCUGAAUGGGACAAAGUACAACAGGUAAACGUUAGAGGCAUGUUCUUAUGUUACCGUGAAGCAGGGAGACAGAUGAUUGCUCAAGGCAAGGGCGGUAAAAUUAUUGGUGCUGCAUCGAUUGCUGCCUUUAGACCUUUCGAGGACUCACGCAGGCGGUUGCUUUGGAACUUGCAGAGCAUGGAAUUAAUGUCAACGGCAACUUAUUGCCCUGGACCUGUCAGCACUGAUAUGUGGGACGCUAUUGAUGCAAGCGUGGCAGCAAGAACCGGACUUGCUAAAGGCGAGGCCUUUGAGAGGUCUAUUCAGUCCCGAUCUGCAAUGAAGAAGGCCCAGACUCCGGAGGAUAUCGCGAAUAUGGUGAGCUUCCUUGCCAGCGAUAAAGCGAGGAUGAUCACAGGGCAGAGCAUGAUUGUUGACGGAGGUAUCGUCUUCUCAUGAGUGUGUCAGAUGUUUAUGUAAAGCAAUGCAUAAUCUGUUUCUGUUUUUGAGAAUCC